UUAGUGCUAUAUGAUUGGUUCUCAACCUGUUGUUUGUUUGCAAGCAACAGUGCGUGCUCUGCAGGCUGCUGGGUUGUGCUUUCUGAAAGAUGGCCUCUGGACCUUGUGUGAGGGUGUUGUUGCUCUCACUGUUGGCCUUCAGCAAGCAUGCUGAGGCUCUUACUUACAGGAGGAGCUACUCCAGUGUCAUUAAGCCUUAUUUUGGGAAGCCUGAGGAUUUUCCACACAAUCAGUAUCUUGUCUCCAGACAUAAGAGCUAUGCACAACCCCGAAGCUCUCUGGGUGUUUAUGGGCCAGAAAAUGGGUCACCUGAGAGUUCUUACCCCACUGCUGCAGGUCUGCCUGGUGGUGCUGGUGCUUCCUCUGGUAGGCCAUUAAAUGGUUACCUUCAACAAGAAAGCAUGUCUAGCUACAGAUCUGGCUCAUCACAACCCCACAAACCAUCAUAUUACCAGGGUGAUACUGAUGGUGCCCUCCAGUCCAAGGAUGCCAUGUGGGGUUUGGCACCAUCCCAGAAAAGAAACUGGAUUGACGCAGGAAUCGUCUCAAGUUAUCCAAUUGAGAUGCGUUCUGUGCCCCAGCGGCCAAGUAAUGAGCACCAGACCCAGCCACACGACAAGCAAGAACAGUUUAGCGAUGAGUCCAGUAUGUUUCAGUCUCAGCCCCAGCCUCGCCCGCUGCCCCAGCAGCCACGCUACGAGGCCAGCAAGCCCCAGGCCCGGCCUUUCCCCCAGCAGCCACGCUACGAGGCCAGCAAGCCCCAGGCCCGGCCUUUCCCCCAGCAGCCACGCUACGAGGCCAGCAAGCCCCAGGCCCAGCCUCGGCCAAUGCCCCAGCAGCCACGCUACGAGGCCAGCAAGCCCCAGGCCCAGCCUUGGCCUUUCCCCCAGCAGCCACGCUACGAGGCCAGCAAGCUCCAUGCCCAGGUACAACCCGAGCGUGAACAGUUGGGCGACGAGUCCAGUAAGUUUCAGCCUCGGCCAACGCCCCAGCAGCCACGCUACGAGGCCAGCAAGCCCCAGGCCCAGCCUUGGCCGUUCCCCCAGCAGCCACGCUACGAGGCCAGCAAGCCCCAGGCCCAGCCUUGGCCUUUCCCCCAGCAGCCACGCUACGAGGCCAGCAAGCUCCAUGCCCAGGUACAACCCGAGCGUGAACAGUUGGGCGACGAGUCCAGUAAGUUUCAGCCUCGGCCUUUCCCCCAGCAGCCACACUACGAAGUCAGCAAGCUCCAGGGCAGUGAAGCCAACUCUCCAAGUGGAGGUGUGCUGCAAACCAAAUCUGGCAUGUGGGACUUGGCUGACCCAAGAAGUUUCAGACCCAUUCCAGUUUCAUUAAGAAAUCUCUACAGGUGGCCACAGCAACAGGCACCCAUCUACAACAGAUGUUAGCAAUAGGUUCUGGCCUCACCUGCAGUUCGUUCUGGCAUGGUAUCAGAUUUUCUGAAAUUAAUAAAGUGCACAGAGCUGCAGUCCCUGGCUAUUGUUAAAACCUCCUGUUUGUUCAGUUUUAUGCAUGCUCUCAUGAUAAACUGAGCUGCUCAGUAGAUCUAGGUUUGUACUGUUGCUACCAUAAUGUUGCAGUAUACAAACUGAUGCACAAAAGGCACUUUUAUUUCCCCCCUGAAAUAGUUAAACAUAAAAUUCCUCUCAGGCCUUAAGCCCCAAAGAUUGUAAUUAUCUUACAGUUGUGUAGCUUAGCAAAGCAAACCUGCUUAGCUUUAAUGUUUCACCAAGUGUUCAGGGUUCACAACCACAAUUUUCACUUCAAGAACAAGGGGUGGAAACAUGGCAGUUUAAUGCCUUCUAUCAAUGGCAAAAAUUACAGUCCAGUCAGGACUACAACCAACCAGAUGCUAAACAGAAAAUGGUGGUAGUCUGCCAAGCAGGUGGUCACUAUUAGGGAUUAGCAUAAACUAAGGCAAUUCAAAGCACAAGCAGCGAUUAUAGCUUUGAAAGGUGUGGGUGUCUUGUUUUUGGGGCCCAGUUGUGAACUUUGAUCAUUCCUUCACCGUCAGUAUCAGGUGUUGUCUUUUUGUGCCUUAAAAGUAAACUGUAUUAACAGGCUCGGA